GCCUUCCAGGCAUUCCAUGAAGACGACUGUCUGAUUCCAUCCGUCACCAUGACCGAUCGUCUGACACAGUUGCAAGAUGCCGUUGACCAGCUCGCGCAACAGUUCGUCGCCUGCUUCCACUAUGUCAACCGGCACCACAACCUCGAGACCCUCGGACCUCAUGAUAAGAUUAGGGAUGUCAAACAAGAGCAGAAUCAACGAGAGGUGGAGCCCGUCGAACCGUCCGAAUUCCACGCCGGCCUGCUAGAAUUAUCACGCGACCUCAUUCUUAAAGAGCAGCAAAUCGAAGUCCUCAUCUCUACGCUACCUGGCCUCGACACCAGCGAGGCCGACCAGGAGAGAAGCGUCCGAGAGUUGGAGGAUGAACUGAAAGCCGCCGAGGCGCAACGCCAAGAGGCCUUGAAGGAGAAGGACCAGAUUCUCGCAAAGCUGGACGAGGUUAUUCGGAACGUGCGACGACCAUGAGAGUGACUUGGGAUGAGCAUAUUUUUAAGGGAAAUCGAUCCUACGGCAGCGAGGUGUUACGGCGUUCAAGGGGCUUAGACAAGGUGGCAUUGGCAAGGGAUCAAGUAUCCACUAGCCGGUAACUGGCAUUCCUAAGAUAGUUCUUUGGAAGGAGGCACCUCCGUGUAUUCUACCCGCUUUGUGGGUUCUUUUAUUGAUUCUUGUCUUCUUCGACUG